AUGACUAACUACCAAGCACUAAUUAAAAAACUCCAACUACUCAGGAAGACCUAUUGCCCCACUGUCCGCUACGAUUUCACCCCCUCCGAACUAGAACUAAUCGCGGAUGCUUUAGAAACCAUCCAAUUUUUAGAAAUAAUUUUGAAAAGCAAUACCUCACUGAAAAUGGUGCCACUUCUCGGUUCACCACAAUCCGGAAUCAGAGUUAAAAGCCCCGAUUAUUAUCCUUGUUUAACUUACAUUCCUAAUAUUCCCAUUAUCUACGAUCAUGCUCAACAAAAAUAUCGUUAUUUAAACCAAGCGGAAUUAUUAAGUUUACAAAGUUUUCCAGUUAACUAUCAAUUUCCUGAAAACUAUUCUUUAACUAAAAUUGCUUCUCUGUUAGGAAAUAGUAUUAAUUUAACCGCUCUCCAUCACUUCUUACCACGUAUUAGUAAUCUAAAAUUUGUGGACUUGUUCUGCGGAAUAGGUGGAUUUCAUUUAGUCCUAAAAAGAUUAGAAAAUAAUUGUGUUUUAGCCGUGGAUAUCAAUAAAAACUCUCAAGCAACCUACCAAUUAAAUUUCCCGCUUACUCCUUUCCUAUUAGGAGAUAUUAACCAUAAGAAAAUACAACAACAAAUUAUCAAAACUGAUUUUGACUUAUUGUGUGCGGGUUUUCCUUGCCAGCCUUAUUCCCGAGCCGGACCAACCACCCAAGGAGUAAGGGGACAAUCAAAAAGCGGUCAACCCGAACCCAAUCGGAAAAGACCCACCAGUAAGCAAUUAUUGGCAAGGAAGCCCUCCACCUUGGGAAUUUUGACAGUUUUAGGGGAGAUGCUAAGCGGACUGGAGCCGAUUAGUGUCCUUUAUGGAAAAGAAGGACUGGAAGCCUUGCCCUGGGAGGUUAAACUCAG